GCGCAAACGUUGCCCCCGGUGGCGGGGGUGGGAUUCGGCGCCGGAGGGGGGCAGCUCAGGCCAGGCAAACGCGGGUUAAUUGGUCUGAAAGCGUGGCAAUAAGGGCGCCUUCCCCACACACGCGCGCACGCCCAGAGCCUCGCUUCCACCCUCCCGACAGGCAUCAAGAUUUCUCGACACCGAGCAUCCUUCGCUAGGUUGGCGCCCGGGCGUCCACACCCACUUUUUUUCUGGACCGCGGAUUGAACGGCUUCGCCAUCCAAGUCCUAUGGAAGAAAAGCCGAUGGGGCGCGGAUGGAGGCGGCUGGGUCCCGCGGAUGUCGCCGUCGCUGCCUGAUUUCCGCCGGCGAUCGCCAGCACUGCAGAUCCCCCCCCUUGAAAUCAGGCCCUAUAAGAUAAAACUUAAGGUAAGGUUUCUUAGAAUCUCCAUCCUGCCACCUGAACAGGAUUUGGUACGAAAAAGGAUGUUUCUUCGGCUAGGUCUGGGAAUCUUCUGUUUACUCUUGGGGGCUUUAAUAGGGUGUUCCUGUGAGCAGUGCAGGGAAGGCACCAAGUACACCGAUGCAAUCAUUCCCAAUUUAGAAACAACUAAAAUUAUGCGGGUCCCACGUGCUGUGUCCAUGUCAGAUUGCAUGGCAGCCUGUUGUGAUCUUUCAGAUUGUGACUUGGCCUGGAUGUUUGAGCGGCAUUGCUAUGUUGUCAGUUGUCAGCAUAAAGGAAAUUGUGAGCCCAAGAAAAUGGAGAAGGUGAAGUCCUAUCUGACUUUUGUGGUAAGAGCUUCCCAGAGACCAACCACCUUGCUGGGGCAUGGGCAGGUGCCAUCAAAUGUGAUCCGCUCCAUGGCAAGUGACCUCUCAGAGGAAGUUGGUAGCCUAAAGGAACUGACCUUCCUCGGCAAAGACCGCAGUCUUGAGGACUAUACUGAUGAAUAUGGUGAGAUGGAUCAGAAUCCUUUUCAACUGAGCCUCAAGCCUGAAGAGAAAGAGAACAUUAACUAUGCUGACUGGGGAUUAGUGGUGACCACUGAAAAUGGCUUCAAUUCUUCAGGACUUAGUAAUGGAGACAAACAGGAAGAGGUACCUCAAAAUGAGAAAGUUUAUUUGGGAAGCCCUACAAAUAUAAACAAACAUGAAAGUAUUCCUACCACUGAACAUCCUGGAAAGUUGUCAGAAGAUGCUUUGGGCUUGCUGGAUAAAUCUACAAAUGAUUUGGAUUUUCAUCCACCUAAAAAUGAAGUGAACAGCACCUGGCAGGAGGAGGUUGUAACACCUCCCCAUAAUCCUCCUUCUUCAGGCAUUAUGGAAUUUCUCUCCACCACCCCAGCACAAACUGAAAUGUCAAACCUAGAUAAUUUCAUACAAAGUGAAACCACAACAUUUCCCACCAGUGCUCAUAGCACUGCACCUUGUGCUGCAGAUGAAGUUGUGUUUCCCACUGCUACAACCAAAGCAGAAACAGACUAUAUUUAUGAAUGGAGCUUGAUUAGUUAUCCUGAUAGCUAUGAUGGUGAAAUGAAGGACAGGCACACACCAACUCUAAAACUUUCUCAACUGCCAGAAGGUGCCUAUGUCUUCAGAGUGACUGUUUCUGCUGAAAAUGCAUUUGGAGAAGGAUUUGUAAACGUCACUGUCCAACCAGCAAUCCGAAUAAAUCAGCCACCUGUUGCUAUUGUCUCUCCCAAAGUACAGGAGAUUUCUUAUCCUACUACCUCUACCCUCAUCGAUGGAAAUCAAAGCAUAGAUGAUACUAAAAUAAUGAGUUACCACUGGGAAGAAAUUGAAGGUCCCUUGCGGGAAAAGAAGGCAUCAGCUGAUACACCUGUUUUAUACCUCUCUAACCUUAUUCCUGGGAAUUACACUUUCAGGCUAAUCGUCACUGAUUCUGAUGGAGCAGCUAACUCCACAAUAGCUUCCUUGAGAGUCAACAAUCUAUUGGAUUCUCCUCCUGUUGCCAGUGCUGGACCAGAUCAGGAAAUUAGUUUGCCUCAAAAUUUCAUUACAUUAAAUGGAAACCAGAGUAAGGAUGAUCAUGAAAUUGUCAACUACGAGUGGUCCCUGAGUCCCAAAAGUAAAGGCAUAGUGGUAGCAAUGCAGGGUGUGAGCAGCCCAUACCUUCAGCUGUCUUCAAUGCAAGAGGGAAAAUAUACAUUCCAACUGACGGUAACGGAUUCUACAGAACAGAAGUCCACAGCUGAAGUCACAGUAACAGUUCAGCCUGGACAAAACAAACCUCCAGCAGCUGUGGCUGGCCCUGAUAAAGUCCUGACUUUUCCUAUCCAGAGCACUAGUCUUGAUGGAAGCAUGAGCACUGAUGACUUAGGGAUUGUUUACUAUCACUGGGAGAAUAUCAGUGGGCCAAGUUCCUUGCACAUAGAGGAUGCUGAUAGUGCAGUAGCAACUGUCUCAGAUCUACAGAUUGGAACCUAUCAUUUCAGACUGACGGUAAAAGAUGAUCAAGGGCUCAGCAGCACCGCCACACUUUCUGUGAUUGUUCAGGAGGGUAGCAACUCUCCACCCCAGGCCCUUGCAGGGGGAAAACAUAUCCUUGUCCUCCCCAAUAACUCAAUUGCUUUAGAUGGGUCCCACUCUGUUGAUGAUCAAGGAAUUGUGUCUUAUCUUUGGAUCCGGGAUGGACAGAGUCCAGCAGCUGGAGAUGUGAUUCUUAGCUCCAAUCGUGAGGCUGUAUUACAGCUAACUAAUCUUGUAGAAGGGACCUACAUGUUUCACUUGAAAGUCACUGAUGGCAAAGGAGAUUCAGACAUUGACACAGCAAUUGUAGAAGUGCGGCCUGACCCAAAGAAAAACGGGCUUGUGGAGCUGAUCUUGCAAGUUGAAGUUGGUCAGCUGACUGAACAACAGAAAGAUACCCUUGUACAACAGCUAGCAGCACUCCUGGAUGUCUUAGAUUCAGAAAUUAAUAUCCAGAAGAUACAUGCUUAUUCUGAUAUCAGCACUGCUGUUGUGUUCUAUGUUCAGAAUGGGCAUCCAUACAAAAUCAUAAAGGCUUCAGAUGUUGCACAAAUGCUGCAUUUGCAACUCUUGAAGGAAAAGCCAGAUUUUCUACUUUUUAAAGUGCUUCGUGUUGACACAGCUGCUUGCCUCUUAAAGUGUUCUGGACAUGGACGCUGUGACCCCAUCACAAAGCGUUGCAUUUGCUAUCAACUGUGGAUGGAAAAUUUGAUACAGCGAUACCUAAGCAAUGGGGAGAGCAACUGUGAAUGGAGUAUACUCUAUGUAACAGCAUCUGCUUUCAUUGUGAUUGCACUGGUGGUAGGAUUAACUUGGCUUUGUAUCUGCUGUUGCAAAAGCAGAAAGAGGACCAAAAUAAGAAAGAAAAUGAAAUAUACAAUUUUGGAUAACAUAGAUGAUCAAGAAAGAAUGGAGCUCAGGCCCAAAUAUGGUAUAAAACACAGAAGUACCGAACACAAUUCCAGUUUGAUGGUUUCAGAGUCUGAGUUUGAGAGCGACCAGGAUACCAUAUUUAGCAGGGAGAAGGUUGAACGAGAAAACUCCAGAAACUUGGUGAAUGGUGCCAUGAAAAAUGGUGUCUCCUUCAGCUACAGCUCAAAGGAUAGAUAAAUGAACGAGCUGCUUUGUUAGAAAAUGGUACUUUAGUGCACUGAAGACUGGACAGCCUUCUCUUGGUUUUCCUUAAGUCCCAAAGGCGCAGACAGACUCAUAAACUUCCAGCAUGGCGAAGAGGGGGAUGGAUCCUAUGGAUGUUUUGCGCUGCUCUUCAAGCAGUAGUUUUUAACUUGCCAUACGUGGGGUAUAUGGAAUGUUUUUUAAGCCACGGUUACCAGAGAUGGCAUUUACAUUGCGUCUCAUGGACAUCUAAAGGUUUACUAUUUAAAUCUUAGCCAAGACUCUUAAGUUAUGAAGAUCAUAGAGGAAAACUUCCUUAUAUUAUUUUCCUUAGAACCGAGUGACUUUGUCUGUAUAGGAAGUCACUUCUGUCAAUAUGAAAAUUUAUCAUAGUUAUUAAAACUGUGAUACGUAGCCAAAACAUUUCUCACUUAACAUUUAUUUGCUAAAUAAAGGAGAGGUAUGAGUGUGGAGAGGAGGGAUGAAUAAGUAUCAAGCUAUAUUGCUGCUAAACUCUGCUUUGAUAAAAUAAUGCUGUUAAACUGUUAUCUGUUUAUAUUAAUGACAGGUUGAGAACUGGCCCUGGCUUGCCUGAGCUUAAGAAAUUAAAAUAGUUUCUAAAUAAAACAUACAUAGCCCUAUUAUGAUCAGCAGUUAUAGUGCAAUCUAAAAUGAAUAUAUGGAAGGAAUAUAUAUUCAGAUAUGAAUAUAUUUUGGAGGGAACAAAAACUGGCCCCAUGCAAAACCUUGCUUCUUGCCAAUCUGUGGGAGAGUGAGCACGUGACUUCUUUUUCUUCCCACUGAAUACAACAGUUGGAAAACUCCAGUGUCAGGCUAUUUGUGGCAUAACCCUCUUGACUGUCUCCUACUUUCAGGAUCACUCUUGGCACUUUCUUCUAAUCUUACCCUCUCCUAGCAAGCUAGAUCUAGGGUUAAAAUUGCUCUGGCUGUUCAGAAAAACAAUUAAGGACCACUUCAUACAAGGACCUUUCCUGGAUAAUUUGUGUGAGAGCUGUUUCUCAGAGCUAAAUAUAUAUACUUUAUUCUACCCAGACUCUAUCUGAGUAAAAUAUAAUCUGGGAAGCACCCUAGCAUUUUCCUUAAGUGGUUAUUAUGCUCGAAUGCUCGAACUUUCAUAGGUUUGUAAGAAUGAGCUGUUGAAUAAUUUCCUAGGGAUUGUAUCAUGUAGUCCAAACUUGUGUGAAAUAACCUUGCAGUAAAUAAAUAGGAUGAUUAAACACAAAGCCAAUGGUGGGUGUGCGUGCAUGUACAUUCUGUACAAAAGCCAAGUUACAAGUCAGAUGUGAACAACAAUGAAUGGAACAGAAUCUUAAAUACAUCUACUGGGCAAUAAAAGCACACAUCUCAAGCAAAGAAAAUGUGGGAUUAAGCUAUUCUUUACAUUAAGUGAUCACAGAUGUUAUGCAUACCCUCAGUUUCCUCAAAAUCUAGAUCAGCUGUAGGGACUUUCAUACUCAAUUUACUAAACUGUAUAACUGGAAGGGUUACAUAAACUAUUUUACCAUCAACAUUUGCUCUAAUAAAGUGUGCCAUUCCCCCUGCUUUUUUCCUCAAAUUUAUGAGAACAUCACAAAGAGGAAACAGUCUUGCAAAUCUAAUUUGACAAUAAAUGUGAAUGUCCAACUUUUAUUACAUUAAUAAUUAUUUGUUCACAUCCAUAUCUGGUAAAGAAAAAGUCUAGGAAAAAGUCAAUUAAGUAAUAAAUUCAAGUAUCCCUUUAUAUGAAUGUAAACAUAUACUGUGAUUU